CAGCAGUUGGGUUUCAAACAUCGCAGUGAGCGGUAAGACAAUUCGGUAGAUCUCAAUUGGCUAGUUGACUCACUCUGGUGUAUAAAAUAAAUAAAAAAAUUAUACAAAAAUAUUUCUCCUUUACAUUGCGCAAAAGGAAAAGUUGAUACAACAAGAAUCAUUCAUUAUGAGCCAAAAAGUAUUGGGAUUAUUUGUGGCUUUCAUUGCUGUGGCCAAUGCACUAAAGGUGCCCAUCACUGUAUAUUAUGAGUCGUUGUGUCCAGAUAGCGCUAAACUUAUAACCGAGCAAAUCUUUCCGGCUGUGAAGGGAGAAUUUAGAGAGCAUGUUGACAUCACCUGGGUGCCAUUUGGCAAAUCAUCGUUUUCCACACAAGGUUCCGACGUCUUCUUCACAUGCCAUCAUGGACCCAACGAAUGCUAUGGCAACAAAGUGCAUGCCUGUGCAAUUGAACACAUUCAGGCAAACUCCUAUCAAGUGGAAUUCACCCGCGAGUCGCUUACAUUGGAUUUCAUCAACUGCAUGAUGAAAAUCGGCAAAAACUUCCCCGAUAAUGUGUAUCCUGGAGCCAAGUGUGCCCGCGAUAAUCAAAUCAACACCUGGGAGAACAUCCAAACAUGCGCCAACAGCACCGAGGGCAGUCAUUUGUUGCAGAAGCAUGGAGAGACCACCAUGAAAUUCAUGAACCCAUUGAAGAAUGUACCCACUAUUGUAUUUAAGAAUCAAUUCGAUAGCAAGGUCAACGAUAAGGCUCAAAAUGAUCUCGUUGGCGUUCUGUGCUCGUAUGUGUCUCAACCUAUGCCCAAGAUUUGUGCUAGCCGUAACUCAGCUGUUAGCAUGACUGCAGUUUCUACACCUUUCAUGGCUCUCUUGGCUUAUGCUUUGACCAAGCUUUUCUUUUAAAAUGUAUCUCUACAUGACCAACAUUUUAGCUUUAAAUCCAAAUGAUUUAAUCCGUCCCAUUGGUUAGCUACCGUUUUUAUAUAUAUUUUUAAAUAUAAUUAUUUUGUAUUUUCUAUAAUUACAGCAAGAUUAAAGGCUAUUUAUUUUUGCCCACAGAUGUUCUGUAGAAAAACUA